CAACCCCGCAACUAUACAAAACUAACCCUUUCCGAGCUUUAGUAAGUGCGUGUACUUUAACAAAUGAAAACGCUAAUAAAAUCGACUUGUUUGUAAUUUUUUCUUUCGGGCAUGGGCUGCAGCGCCGCAAAAAAUUUAACAGUCGAGCCUUUAGAUGGCAAUAAAGUCACAGAAUUAUCUAACGGCAACGCGGAAACGAGAAAAAUCUCGAUUCCCAGGAGCGUCUCGGACGUACCGCCACUUGAAGGAGAGGACCCACAGACUGAGAUUUUAGCCGAAACUGCCACAGUCAAUAAUAUACAAAAAGGAGCAAAUGGAUUAUCGUUUGAAAUCGCCUUUCAAGACGAAGGCGAAGAGAGUAUCAUUAGAAAACAUCCACCGAAAAGAUUUCAGCGGCUGGAGGAACAACAAACGAGUCCGACCACAACUUUGGUCAAACUCCAGGAAAAACUCGACGAGGCUGAAAUUAGACGGCAGCAGAUUUUGCAGCAGCGAGUUCAGUCAGCAAAGUUCCGAAACAUUUUGAAGAAACAGUCAAGUGUGUCUUCACUAGACGAAGAACCUGGCCUUUUGAAGGUGCCCCCGGACAUACCCCACCCAGCGAAUCCUUACGAUGUGUCGUACAUUUAAAAUUGUGUCACGUUGUUUUGUCGGGGUGGUUUAUUUGCACUUGAUUGAUUACCGGGAUUUGAAUAAAUUUGAAAAAAAUUUGGGCCAUCCGGCGAGGAUUUAAAAAAGUGCGGACUAAAUUGACAUAUA